AUGCCCUUGUCCGCCUUUGUGGAACCCUUCACAUUGUCGCCUCCUCAGAUUGAUGAAACGAGGUUACGAUCUUUACAUGAUUUUCAUCAAGACCACAGCAACCUAGAAGACCGUCUCUUGACCACCAUUUAUGGACUGUUGCCACCCCAAACGCACAUUUACAAUCACCAACUACAGCUUCACAUUCGCAACACACGCCAAUUACGAAACUUGAUACGUGCCGUCUUUCGACUCAAUAGUAAUUCUGUACAAGUACAAGAAGACGCAGAUCUGCAAAAGACACGCAUUGCCCAUGCGUUUCAAACCCUUCGCGCACUCAAUGAAUUGACAUCCACGGCCUUGGUCCAACUCGACCAGCAACGAACGGAACAUGCCACUCGCAAUAGUACUACUACUACUACAAGUAGUAUGGAAUUCUACGUGGGACAGGUAGUCCAACACAAACACGAACGAUGGAGGGGUGUCAUUUGCGGAUGGGAACAACCCGUCGAAACACCCAAUCAAAUGGAAUUGUCUUCCUUGACGACAAAAAUAUACACCGCAAAAGAUUUUUUGACCCAAAUGCGAUACGAAGUCAUUCUCGAUCUCGCCGAUAUGCAUACAUUGCAAGCCACAUCGCCGCUCAUUGUUGCCACGCAACAGGAUUUGGAACUUGUGGACGAUCCACAAUUGUGUCGGAUACGAUCCCACAUGGUAGCGCAACAUUUUCGGGGAUACCAGCGACAUGCCCGCAGUUUUCAACCGGACGAGUUGUUGGCAUAUGAAUAUCCCGUCGAUUGGGAAGUAGUGCAACAACAACCACAAACAACAGACAAGACAUUUCAUGUAGCGGUCGAGGCGGCCGCCCAAGAAACGGUCACGCAUUGUCAAGACUUGAUGGCCUAUUUGGAAGAUAUUGUCACAACAGAGGCAUUAUUGCCGACCGAUCACCAAAAAGAAGAAGAACAAUACAGUGUGCUACGAGCCUUUCAAGAAAGGUUGUCUUCCCGUAGUGAACUUGUACAGGAUCCCUCUGUUGUUGUCGUCGGAGGAGAUGAUGACACGGACCGUCUACAAUCUGCAACGGCUCAUUUGAGAUAUAUAUACACCAUCAUGGCCGAACUACGAGACUUGCUCUGGCAUCGACAAACACUCCAACAAAAACAAUCACUAGAAAAAAGCAAUACCAUUCAAUUUGCGGUGGGCGAUGUGGUGUACCACCAAUUCUUUGGCUUUCGGGGCAUCGUCGUGGCAUGCGACACUGUUCCCAAGGCCAAUGUCAAGCAUUGGGAUGGAGUGCGACAUAUUGAACAUCCCGAACAAAAACCAUUCUAUCACGUAUUGCCGGAUGAACACGAUUGUCAUCAAGUCUUUGGGGGACCGCGUGGAAUGCGGUAUGUGUGUCAAGACAAUCUAGUGGCGUGCCGCAGUGAUCGGACCAAUCUUACCGUGACAUUGGAGGAGAACUGGUCGCGACAAUUGGAGGAUAAUGGCAGGACUACGGUGUUUCGUCCGUCGACGCGGGCAUUGUUCAAGCACGGAUCGGAUAUUGGUGAUGACGGUCUCACAGAAACAGUUUUGAAGAGAAUACAGGAUGAAUUGAGGGAGUGGCAGGUGGCCUCUCGAAGCAACACGGGGAGUGUGCCAGAACCACCUGCGGCGAACAAGUCGGCAGCAGCCUUUCGCCUCCCUCUUUCAGCUCUCUUUUUGAUGCUGGACGCAGUGACAACACAGGACGGCGCUGAAGCCAUUGAGCUCAUGAUCAAAGACACAUUCAAAGUGCAUCCUGAUGGCAAUCUACACUUUCAGCUAGAGAAGGGUCUCUCCGAGAUGAUUCGAGGCAAUCAUCAAGAUGCCUUGGAAAUUUUCGAAUCACUCACAGAACAGGACAGUGAGUAUGCUGAGGCCUGGAACUGGGUAGCCACUUGCGAAUACUUGAUAGGCAGCCAUCAGUCCGCCUUGAAAGCAGCCGUCAAGGCAUUGGAGUUACAACCAUUCAAUUUCCAAACGCAAAGUGGAAUGGGACUUUGUUUUUUCGAAAUGGGGAGAUAUGAGGAAGCAGCAGCGGCAUUUCGACAAUGCUUGGAUUUGAAUCCCUGGUCUCCAGUGUCGACCAAGCUUUCUGCUUGUAUUGACAUUCUGAAACGACGGGGCAGUGAGGAUUCUAAGAACUCGGAAGAGUCGGACAAGGAGUGA